AACAGCAACCAACCCUAACUUUUCAGAUCGCUCUCCGGCUGCGAAAAGAGCUCUAUCAACACAGACACUGCAUACUCAAACCGGGAGGAUCUACCCACGAUGCCUCCUCGAUCCAGUCCGUCCAUACCUGCCCCACCCACACCCGAUCCAUUGUUAACUUUGCUAAUUCCAUCUCAUCAGGUGCCAAUACCCUCCGCAUCCUGAUAGCGACCGAUUCCCACGUAGGCUACAACGAACGAGAUCCCAUCCGCGGCGACGACUCAUGGAAAACAUUCGACGAGGUGAUGUCCCUGGCGAAAGAUCGGGACGUCGAUAUGGUACUGCUGUCUGGAGACCUUUUCCAUGACAAUAAGCCUUCCAGAAAAGCUAUGUAUCAGGUUAUGAAGAGUUUGCGAGCGAACUGCUACGGAGAGAAACCUUGCGAGAUCGAGAUUCUUUCUGAUACUAGCCAGACGUUUCAGAGCGCGGGGGGCCACGUAAAUUAUGAGGAUCCGGACAUUAAUGUUGCUAUUCCGGUAUUCUCAAUUCAUGGUAAUCAUGAUGACCCGAGCGGGGUAUGUUCUCGUUUGUUCCUGUUUUUUCAGAUGCUCGGUCCUUUCUUCCCCUCCUUUUGAAACAUCCACUAAUGAUCUAGGGUGGUAGGAGGGGAGGUUAUGUGCUCUGGACUUGUUAUCGGUAGCAGGGUUAUUGAAUUAUUUUGGGCGGACUCCGGAGAAUGAUAAUAUUACCGUUACGCCAGUACUACUACAAAAGGGGUCUACUAAGUUAGCUUUAUACGGGCUAUCGAAUAUCAGAGAUGAGAGGUUGUUCCGGACGUUCAGAGACGGUAAAGUCAAAUUCCUGCGGCCAGAUGUGCAGCAGAAGGAGUGGUUCAAUCUGAUGUGUGUUCAUCAGAAUCAGUCAGUUUGUUCCUGCUCCUACAAGGAGGCGAAGUUUAUUUACUUUUUUUUUUCUAGUCAUGGACAUACGGAGACUGGAUACCUACCGGAAAACUUCCUCCAGGAGUUUUUGGAUAUGGUUAUUUGGGGACACGAGCACGAAUGUUUAAUCGAGCCCAAGUUCAAUCCGGAGAUGGGCUUUCAUGUCAUUCAGCCCGGAUCUUCGGUAGCCACAUCCCUAUGCGAAGGCGAGGCUGUCACAAAACAUGCUGGCAUACUCUCGAUCACAGGCCGCGGCUUUGAAUUAGAGAAAAUAAGACUCAAGACUGUGCGGCCCUUUGUAAUGAAAGAAAUUGUUCUAGCGGAGGAGCCCCAGAUGAAGAACGUGUGGAAAAAGAAUACGAAUAGGACUACAGUUACUAGCUUUCUUUGCAAUACUGUGGAGGACCUGAUUGAAGAGGCUGUUACUGAGUGGCUCAGCGCUCAGGAAGACCCUGAAGUCGAGAGAAAAGAUGCCCCAUUGCCGCUAAUCCGGCUUAGGGUGGAAUAUUCGGCGCCCGAGGGUGGUCGCUUCGAAACCGAAAAUCCGCAGAGAUUCUCUAAUCGUUUCGUUGGAAAGGUGGCGAACGUGAAUGACGUGAUUCAGUUCUAUCGAAAGAAGUCCACAGCUCGGAGGAAGGUUGGUAGCGCGCUUGAAGUGAGUGGGUCGCACGCCCAAGACUCCUUACUUGAGGAGUACGGCGGGUCCAUAGAUAAUGUCAAGGUAGAGAAAUUGGUUCAGGAGUUCCUGACCAAUGCUACAUUAGAGAUAUUACCGAGUAAUGGACUUGGCGAUGCAGUUGGACAGUUCGUUGAUAAGGAUGACAAACAUGCCGUGGAGAUGUUCGUCGAGGAUAGCUUGAAAAGCUACUUGACAAAAUUGAGGGAGAUUGAUGACUUAAACGAGGAGACCAUCUCGGAAGCUGUAGAGCAGCAAAAGAGUUAUCUUGAGCAGCUCUUUGCCAAGGGGCUAGUUAAGCCUAAGAGGGUGAGGUUACAUUUUCCUCGUCGUUUUGGCUGAAGGACGCUAACAACCUGGCAGACAAGGAAGAAACUGAAGGCAAAGCCUGACCAUUGGUAUUCAGAUCUUGAUGGCCAUUGGUCAGAUCAGCCGGCCGCGCUGGUCCGCUCCGGAAGUGAUAAUGACAGAGACCAAGACGACGGUGACGGCGAUGACUCGGCAGCCCCUAGUCGCAAACCGGCAGCUAGAGGCGGGAGGGGCCGAGGGAGAGGAGGUGCAGCGGCCUCAACCCGGGGCAGAAAGGCUGCCCCAGCCGCAAAGGGCCGUGGUAGGAAGCAGGCCGUUGAAGAUGAUGACGAUGAUGUCGAAAUGAUUGAUGAUGACGAGGACGAACCGAGCAUCCCUCCACCAAAAACAACGUAUUCCCCCAUUCCCCAUUCCACAUCAUUGGAUAUAUUGUUCUGACGGGUCAGCAGUCGAGGCAGGAAAACCACCACCGCCCAACCCGCACGCAAACCCGCGGCAAAGCCAGCUGCUGCUCCUCGCCGACCUGCGGCUACCACACGCGCAGCUAGUCACCAAACAUCGCAAGCUAGCACAACUAGGACGAGGCAGGCAAAGCUGAACUUUGGCGCUACACAGAACACUCAGGCGCGCGAGAGCCAGGCAAGUAACUCCCUAUUUUAUCGGGCUACGCAACCUCCUAGUGAUGAUGAGGAUAUCGAUGAUGAUGAGGACGACGAUUUUGAGCCGCUACCGAGUCAGAGGACUACUAGGGCCAGUAGGCGGUAGGCGUAGUUAAGUAGCCCUGAGGCAUAAGUGUUGGUAAUUGAAUAGAAAAACGGAAAUGAUUGGAGGAGGGGUUUUGCCGGGCAGGCGAUGAUAUAUGACUUUGUUCACUCUAUCUCUUAGGGUCAGUUAUAAGCAAAUUAAAGGGUUUCCCGGG